UUUAUUGGACACAUUCUAUCAACUGUAGUGGACCACAGACAGAGAUCAGAGAGGUACCUGGUGGAGAACACAUCAGACCAACUACUUAACUAUUUGUCAGUACAGUUAGAAUCAUACAGUAGAUAUUACCAUUAGGAGUCAGUUAGAAAGGUAAUCAUACAGUUAGGUCAGAUGGAUGACUACAUCAACAACCAGGUAACUGAAGAAAAUGAGAACAGAGCAACGAGGAGAGUGAAGACUGAGACCCAUCGCUCAGGACCUGAGGAUUCAGGGAGAAGACUCUACAGGAUGGUUGCUGUGAGCUUUGGGAUGCUGUGUUUUCUACAAGUCACUCUCAACAUCUUCCUGAGACUUGUCUAUGCAGAGAGAGACCAGCUACAGACCAGUUACAACAACCUGACUAAAGAGAGAGACAGGCUUCAGAAAUUGCUUUGUGAGAAACCCUGUUGUUUUGAUGGAUGGAGGAAGUUUGACUGCAGUUGUUACUUCCUCUCUACUGAGGAGAAAACCUGGGAGGAGAGCAGACAGGACUGUGUAGACAGAGGAGCAGACCUGGUGAUAAUAAACAGAAGAGAGGAACAGGAGUUUCUCUUCAAUCUCAACAAGAGAGUCUGGAUUGGUCUGACUGACAGAGAGACAGAGGGGACCUGGAAAUGGGUGGAUGGAACAACACUGACCACAGAGUACUGGUAUGACCAACAACCUAAUAAUUCAGGUCCUACUGGGGAGGACUGUGCUGAGAUAAACAACGAUCAGCGUCCUCUAAAGGCCUGGAAUGACUUGUCAUGUAACAGGAGACUCAACUGGAUUUGUGAGAAAGUGGUUUAACAUCACCAUGACAACAUAUUUAAUCAAUUUUAGAAUCAGGCUGUAACAUAACAAAAUGUGGAAAAAGUCAAGGGGUCUGAAUACUUUCCGAAUUUGCUGAAUAUUCAUAUAGAUCACUCAAUAGCCAUUGUCAAUGUUAAGAUUUAUAGUUCACUAUGUAGCAUUGCAUGUAGGCUAUACAUAAAUCUCUCUCUCUCU